UCCAAAUCCAAAUACCAAAUCUUCAACUGCCAAAAUCUCAAAAAAGUAAAAUAACUGUUUGGGUUUUUUAGAUUUAUUUCUAUUUCCAAUCUUUGUGGUUGUGUUUUGUUUUUUUGUUUUUUUGUCAAUGAUUUGUAAAUCCGAUGUUUCGACUCGCCGGAAUCUGACUUUUCCGGCAGUUCGUCCCUGCGAAUCCGUACCUCCGGUCACCCUUCUUGAUUCACUGAUCACUCUCGCAUCGAAUAUAUGCGAGUACAGAUCAAAAUUAUUCUCAACAAACAAUCGAAAUGCGCGAGAAUCGAUUCGAUUGAUCGGAAUUCUCUCGAUUUUCUUCGAAGAAAUCCGAGGAAAUCGAUCCGAUCUCUGCGACUCAGUUGUCCUGAGCUUCUCCGAGCUUCACUUCAUCUUCCAGAAGCUUCUGUUCUUGUUGGAAGAUUGCACUCGGAGUGGUACUAGACUGUGGAUGCUGAUGAAGUCCAAGCACGUAGCGAGUCAGUUUCGAGUGAUGAUGAGAGCGAUCGCAACCGCUCUCGAUGUUCUUCCUUUGAGUUCCAUUGAUGUCUCGGUUGAAGCUAUUGAAUUUAUUCAGCUGGCGAUGAAUCAAGUUCGGAAGACGAGAUUUGUCGUCGAUCCAGAUGACAAAUCAGCUUCCGAGCUUGUUUUAUCGAUUUUGGGGCAAUUUGAAGGUAGAAAUGUUCCGGAUUCGAGUGAUUUGAGGCGAGUUCUGAAUCAAUUGGGGAUUCGAAGCUGGAACGAAUGCAACAGAGAGAUCAAGUUCUUGGACUCUGAAUUGAAUUUGGAGUAUUUGAGUUCAGGGAAGAGAGAUUUGGGGCUUCUGAGCAGUCUAAUUGGGCUCAUGAGCUACUGUCGAGGCGUGCUGUUCGACAUCGUUGACACUGUAUCCAUUCAUAAAUCUACCCAAAAAUCCAGCAAUUUGGUGGUUAAACAUGUUAACUUGGAUGAUUUUCUUUGUCCGAUCUCUCUGGAGAUCAUGAUCGACCCUGUGACCGUAUCGACCGGGCAUACCUACGAUCGGUCUUCGAUUCUGAAAUGGUUCAAGGCAGGAAAUUCAACUUGUCCGAAAACCGGUGAGAAGCUCAAGAGCACAGAUCUAGUCCCAAAUUUGGCUCUAAAGCGGUUAAUUUCUCAGUACUGUUACGAAUUUGCUAUUCCAGUUGCUGAGAAGAGUAGCAAGAAAAAGGACAUAACGAGGACUGUUCUUGCAGGGAGUGUAGCGGCCGGAGAAGCCAUGAAAAUGCUCGCCGAUUUCCUCGUCGGCAGGCUUGAAACCGGGACCGACGUAGAGAGAAACAAAGCCGCUUUCGAGACUCGGCUUCUCACCAAAACAAGCAUUUUUAACAGGUCUUGUUUGGCGGAGGCGGGUUCGAUCCCACACCUAUUGAAACUGCUCUCUUCAGCACAUUCUUUAAGCCAAGAGAAUGCAAUUGCAGCUUUGUUAAACCUUUCGAAGCAUUCGAAAAGCAAAAACAUUAUGGUUGAAAAUGGGGGUGUGGAAUCAAUAAUUCAGGUUUUAAGGGAAGGAGUGAAGAUCGAAGCUCGACAAAACGCUGCGGGUGCUCUGUUUUACCUUGCAUCGGUGGAGGACUACCGGGUUUUGAUCGGAGAAACUCCGGGGGCUAUUCAAGCUCUAACGGAGCUAUUAAAAGACGUUGCUGAUCGGAGCAAAAAGAACGCAUUGGUUGCGAUUUUCGGGCUCCUUAUGUACCCCGACAACCACCGGAGAGUGCUUUCAGCUGGGCUAGUCCCGUUGCUCGCGAAUCUUCUGAAAUCUUUCGAUAAAGAAGAUCGCAUUACAGAUUCUCUAGCAGUUCUUGCAACAAUAGCAGAGAAACAAGACGGAACGAUAGCGAUUCUCAGAACUGGAGCUCUGCCCGUGAUCGUGGAAAUUUUAAAUUCCAUCGCUUCUCGGGCAGGAAAAGAGUACUGUGUUUCGCUGUUGCUCGCUCUGUGCGUAAAUGGCGGAGACAAUGUGGUUCGUGUUUUAGUAAAGAACCAAUCUCUCAUGGCUCCAUUAUAUUCCCUCCUCACUGGAGGCACGUCUCGGGCGAGCAAGAAAGCAAAUUCACUCAUUAGAAUCCUCCAUGAAUUCCAGGAAAGAACCUCUUCCAGUCCGAUGACUCGGGCUUUGCCCCGGGAUCGAUUCAUCCAUGUUUGGUAGUAUAUAUAUAAUCAUCGUGUCCAUGUGAAUACAUGGAGAUUUGUUUGAGUGAAAUUAGCUCUGUUUUUUUUUUCAAGAGCUAAUUUUUACUUGUGCAGCUUCUGUUUUUUUGAUGAAGCAUUGUACAAAAUUAUAUACAGUUGUAAUCAUGAUACUUUUUUCUCAGUUCAAUAGCAAUAAGAUCGUGUUUUGGUGUAAAAAUUUCAUCACCAACAAAAG